GAGUCCAAUAAGGAAUUGCAAAUCAAAGAAAACAGCAAACAAUUUGCCGAGCCUUGUUAUAUACAAAAUGCCGCUAAAGGAUUUGGGUUAUCGCCUGUUGCCCGGCCUUAAAUGGCUGCAUGGGUAUACCGCCCAGGAUGCGGUGGCUGAUCUCAUUGCUGGCAUUACAGUUGGCCUCACAGUUCUGCCCCAAGGUCUGGCCUAUGCCACAUUAGCUGGUCUGGAACCACAAUAUGGCCUGUACUCGGCAUUUGUUGGCGGGAUUGUGUAUGCUCUGCUUGGCAGCUGUCGUCAGGUGACCAUUGGACCAACAGCAUUGCUGGCCUUGAUGACUAGUCGGCAUACAGGUUUCGGUUUGGGUUCGGGACCAACAUAUGCCAUUCUGUUGUGCCUGAUAUCGGGUGUAGUGGAAUUGGCCAUGGCUGUGCUAAAAUUGGGAGCCUUGGUGGAUCUUAUAUCGCUGCCAGUGACAGUAGGUUUCACUUCAGCCACAGCGGUUAUAAUAGGCACUUCGCAGUUAAAGGGAUUGCUUGGAUUGCGCGGCGGUUCGGGCUCGGAUUUUAUUAAUACCAUGAAAUCCGUGUUUGGUAAUUUACAGCACGUUAGACAGGGUGAUGUUACCCUGGGAUUGACUUCCAUUAUGGUGUUGCUUCUGUUGCGGAAACUGAAAAAUGUUAAACUGGCGAAUAGAGUGCGCAGUUUACGUGCCCAACAGUUGAUAAGUGGCACAAUUUGGGUUAUAGCCACUGGUAGAAAUGCUCUGGUUGUUCUAGUAGCCAGUGUCCUGGCCUAUUCCACAUGUGAGCAGAUGGAGACAUGUCCGUACAUUCUUACCGGCAAGGUUAAGAGCGGUUUACCAAAUGUGGCCUUACCUAAAUUUGAGACAACAAUUCUGGGCAAGAAUGGUACCCAAAUAACACAGGAUUUUGAGGCCAUGCUCUCUGAACUUGGACCAUCGAUGAUAAUAUUACCAAUCAUUGCUGUGCUUGGAAAUGUGGCCAUUUCGAAAGCAUUCGGUGGAGCUGGUCUGAGCCCGACUAGGGAAUUGGUGGCCCUCUCGAUGAGUAACAUUUGCGGUGCCUUCUGCAGCUCGAUGCCAGUGACUGGUUCAUUUUCCCGUAGUGCUGUCAAUCAUGCCAGCGGCGUGAGAACACCCAUUGGAGGUUGCUAUACCAGUGUUCUAGUGCUGCUUGCCCUUGGACUGUUGGCUCCAUAUUUCCAAUAUAUACCGAAGGCAGCUCUCAGUGCGGUCAUCAUUUCAGCUGUGAUAUUUAUGAUUGAAUUUGAAGUUAUUAAACCACUUUGGCGUUGCAGUCGUCGUGAAUUGUUACCAGGAGCCAUUACAUUCGUGAUGAGCCUAGCUGUGGGCGUGGAAAUUGGCCUACUAUUGGGCGUUGGAGCGGAUGUGGCUUUCUUAGUCUAUCGGGCUGCACGUCCUGUUCUAAGUGUAUCCAAAUUGCAGACAAUCAAUGGCAUUAACUAUAUACUCAUACGUCCCAAGCAUAGUUCAUUAUAUUUCCCAGCCAUCGAAUGGGUGCGUUCGGGUAUAUCCAAAGCGUUGUCAAUCCAUGGAACAGCUCCCGUGGUCCUAGACUGUGCACAUGUUCAUGAUUUUGAUUUUACAGCUGCACGUGGCAUGGGUUCACUUUAUAAAGAGCUUGCCAAGGCUAAUGUUCCAUUGUUCCUAAUGAGCGCUCACAAGGAUAUUGGCCUAAUUCUGAAAGAGUCAACCAAUAUAGAUUUUCCCACUAUCGAUACACCCGAUGAUUUGGAAUGUUUGCUGGAGCAAACCCAUGACUAUGAGCUGCAAUUGCAGGUAACAGCUCCGUUAGUGGAAUCUCAGCUAAUCCAUAGAAAUCCGACAGUCGACGAGCCCACCGAGUUAAGUAAAUUGAAUGGCACUGGAACCUAAACAUCAAUUUGAAACUUGUGUCAGGAUCACAAAUUAUUUUUACACAACAACAACAUUUUACCUAUUAGUUUUUGUAAGAUUUAUUUAAGGGAUUCGAUUUAAAUCUAAAAAUGUUUUCAAAAACAAA